AUGUUCAGACUCGCAGAUUAUGCCCUUGUGAUCGUUAUUCUUGCCCUCCUUAGAGCGUAUCUUGUGAGGCGGCGAAAUCCAUCUGGCUUACCUCUUCCUCCGGGCCCAAAACCUCUUCCUAUCAUCGGUAAUAUCUUCGACAUACCGAAGCGAGCAUCGUGGGAGACGUAUGCUCAGUGGGGACAGCAAUAUGGUGGUAUCAUGUCUUUAAAAGUACUUGGUCAAACCAUAGUAGUCCUGAACUCGCAUGAAGUGGCCCGCGAUCUGUUGGAGAAGCGUGGUACAAUCUACUCAGACCGCCCCGCCUUGCCAUCAUUAGAAAUGAUGAACCUCAAUUUCAACCUAACUAUCAAACCGUACGGAAGCUACUGGAGGACAGGGAGAAGCAUGGCGGAUCACAGUCUUCGUCAAAGCGCCUCAUUGACCUAUCGACCCAUGUUGAUCCGGGAAGCCCGUCGUUUUCUCGGAAAAUUGGUCCGCGGCACCGAUGAUGUUGUCGUUAGCAGCAGGCAGCUGACAGCCGCUGUCAUAAUGUCCUUGACUUAUGGCUAUGAAGUCAAAGAACCGAAAGAUCAUUUCGUAGAUCUUGCCGAAGAUGUUGUCGAGAGAGCAGUAGCAGCUAUGCUACCCGGUGCGACUGUUAUCAACACCUUCCCGGCAUGCAAGUCGCUGAAGUACCUAUCAGCAUGGUUGCCUGGCAUGAGUUUUAAGAGAGAGGCCAUACGCAAGUGGCAGCAAGUACAGGAGACCGUAGAUGCUCCAUUCGAAUUUACGAAGGGGGAAAUCAAAAAUGGAACAGCGCGGCCAUCCAUGAUCCACGAAUGCUUUGAAUCGUUCUCUAACACCAGUCUGACGGAAAGAGAAGAAACAAUAUUAAAGGAGGUCGCAGCUACAAGCUAUAUAGCUGGUAUUGACACAACAACCUCUACCAUCGCUGGCUUCUUCGUAGCACUGGCCCUCUACCCCGACGUCCAGAAGCAUGCCCAGGACGAACUUGAUGCUACAGUAGGGAGGGAUCGUCUUCCAGAUUUUCAGGACCGUCAUCAACUACCCUACGUUGAGGCCAUAUGCCAGGAACUUCGACGAUGGAGGCUAGUUGCGCCUUUUGCACUUCCACAUGCCACUUCAAAAGAUGAUGUCUAUGAAGGAUACUUUAUCCCGAAAGGAUCGCAGGUCCUCGCAAAUUGCUGGGCUAUGCUUCACGAUCCCGCUGUGUAUCCUGAGCCAGAGGUUUUUCGACCUGAUCGCUUCUUAGCAUCGGAUGGCACCUUCAUCGAGGACCCGCUCGUGAGAGCUGCCUUUGGCUUUGGAAGGAGACUAUGUCCUGGACGCUUCCUAGCAAAUGACACUUUAUGGGCAGUUGUUGUGUCUGUCCUAUCCGUUCUUACCGUCGAGAAAGCCAAAGAUAUUGAAGGAAAGGAAAUUCCUGUGAGCGAUGUCUUUACCGACCACGCCUUGAUCUGCCAUCCCACGCCAUUUAAAUGCUCGAUUAUUCCGAGAGAUGUGCGAUCGGAACAGUUGAUCAUUGAAACAUCAACCAACCCCAUGGAGGAGUUAUAGGGACUGCAUACUUAGUCUUGAACAGAUGUUUUUCGUUCCUAUGUAUAAUUGGGUGUUGCUCAAUCAGAAUUAGCGCUGCA